GAGACGUUCGUUCAGUGUUGAGCGGUGAUCUUGCGGAGUCAGAUCGUUUAGACGGAUAUUCGUUUUAUAGUGAAUGCGGUAAAUCUUAAAGUAAAGCAGUAAAGGAAGAAGAAAAAAACAGUGUUACGGGAGUGUGUGUAUAAUAUAGCAUGCAUAUUGUACUUGUACAUAUGCAGUAGUUUGUGUUGAAGUACAUAAAAACAUACAUACAUAUAGACAUCAUAAAUACCAUAUACAUACAUAAAUUGUGUGCAAGAGGACUGUGCUUUUAUUAUCAACUGGACUCGGUCAAUGGUCUUGCACGGGAACUUUAAAACACUGCCAAAACCCCGCUUCACUUCACGCCAUAACAAGUGGAGUUUCAACAAUAAUGCAUCUGGCCACACGCAAUGCAGGAAGAAGUAUUUCAUAAUCAUCCACAGCAACCACAGCAAACAGCAACAGCAAGAAGAGGUCAACGCGAUAUUUUUCCCAAAUAAACAUAUGCCACGAGAGGAAGUUAAUACACACACUACCAUACUUUUUCCGUGAUUACAAUAAGCGCGUAAUCUUGUGGAAUAAGUUCGAAUAAAAUAAACACUACAUUGAAAGUGGGAAAAAAGAGGAAGAAGCAGCAGCGCGCAGAAAAAAACAGUAGAGCUUGUGUUCUGAUUUUUCGAACGCCUGGUUACAACCGGAAAUUGCAGAAGCUACUGUGACAAGCACACACAUACACACACUCACACGCUAUUUAGAGUACACCAAUACACACACAAGCAAUUACAAAUACAACCAGCCAAUACAAUACACAAGCCAUAUACAAAUUACACAAAGAUCGCAUUUUAUGAAACGCUCGGCGAUUGAAAAUCAAACCCGCCAUAUUUUAGUACAAGCAGAGCCAGUCAGCCUGCCAGCCAGCCUGCCAGCGAGUAAUAUAAUCGCCAUAAGCAAUUCUCUAUAAUAAUGUCGAGCACACAGCGCGGCAGCGCAUUUGGCUGCCGCCUCAACUACUACUACAACAACAAUAAGAAGAAAAGCAAAAUCAGCAGCACGCUUAUCGCAUUUUGCCUCUUCGCAUUGCUGAGUAGUUGUGCGUUAUUAACACAGGCACAACGUAUCACCGGACGACGUGAUCGCCCACUCAAUCCGCCAAGAGAGUUCAAGAAGACACAUCCAUGUGAGCGUUCAUCGUGUUAUCCCGCAACGGGUAAUUUGCUGAUUGGACGUGAGAAUCGUUUCACGGCCUCAUCCACUUGUGGUAUACAUUCGCCGGAACGUUUCUGCAUAUUGUCACAUUUGCAGGAUAAGAAAUGUUUCCUCUGCGAUACACGCGAAGAGACACGCAAUGAUCCGUAUAAGAAUCAUCGUAUCGGACAGAUAAUAUAUAAGACAAAACCGGGCACGAAUUUGCCUACGUGGUGGCAAUCGGAGAAUGGUAAGGAGAAUGUCACCAUACAAUUGGAUUUGGAGGCGGAGUUCCAUUUCACUCACUUGAUCAUUACAUUCACCACUUUCCGGCCGGCGGCCAUGUUGAUCGAACGUUCAUUUGAUUUUGGCGAAACUUGGCAUGUGUACCGUUACUUUGCUUACGAUUGCGCCGAGUCCUUCCCUGGUGUGCCCGUCAUAUUGCGCAAUAUCACCGAUGUUAUGUGCACAUCACGCUAUUCCAAUGUGGAGCCAUCUCGUAACGGUGAGGUUAUCUUCCGUGUGCUGCCGCCAAACAUCAACGUCACCGAUCCUUAUGCCACACACGUGCAGAAUAUGUUGAAGAUGACCAAUUUGCGUAUUAAUUUCACCAAAUUGCAUAAAUUGGGUGAUAAUCUAUUGGAUAAUCGGCUGGAGAUGGAGGAGAAAUACUACUAUGGCAUCAGCAAUAUGGUGGUACGUGGUUCCUGCUCUUGCUAUGGCCACGCCUCACAAUGUCUGCCCUUGGACGGCACUGAGUCGCCCGAAUACGAUAUGGUACAUGGUCGUUGUCAAUGUACGCACAACACGAAGGGUUUGAAUUGUGAGACUUGUGAAGACUUCUUCAAUGAUCUGCCCUGGAAGCCGGCGUUCGGUAAACAGACGAAUGCUUGUAAGAAAUGCGAAUGUAAUGAUCAUGCGGUGAGCUGUCACUUCGAUGAGACUGUCUUCGAGAAUUCGGGUCGCAUAUCUGGUGGUGUGUGUGACAACUGCAUGCACAAUACGCAGGGUCAGCAUUGCGAGGAAUGUAUGCCGUUCUUCUAUCGUGAUCCCGAACAGGAUAUACGUAGUCCGGAGGUGUGCAAACCAUGUAAUUGCGAUUUGAAUGGCUCGUUGGAUGAGGGCAUUUGUGAUUCGGUCAACGAUCCAGAAAAUGGCGUUGAGGCAGGCGCUUGCCACUGCAAGCCCAAUGUAAAGGGUCGUCGUUGCAAUACCUGUAAGGAUGGUUUCUGGAAUUUGUUGCCUGAAAAUCCCAAUGGCUGUGAGCAGUGUACUUGCAAUACGCUCGGCACCGUUGACAAUUCGGGCUGCAAUAUGUAUACCGGUGAGUGUACUUGCAAGCGUUUGGUCACCGGCAAGGAUUGUAAUCAAUGUGCGCCCCAAACGUAUGGUCUCUCCGAGUCGGAAGAUGGUUGCACACAUUGCGGUUGCGAUGUUGGCGGCUCCUACGAUAACUUCUGUGACGUCAUAACGGGCCAGUGUCGCUGUCGUCCACAUAUGACCGGACGCAAUUGCUCGCAGCCUAAGCAGAACUACUUCAUACCAACGUUGCACGUUGUACAUGAUGCCGAGUUUGCCGAUGCGUGCAUUUCAUAUGGUAACAACGGUAAUUGCACAGUUGUGCCAUAUCCACCGCUGCCCGAUCGCCUGCCCGACUACACCGGCAUUGGUUUUACACGUGUGCCGGAGAACUCCGAAUUCAUAAUAACAGUUAAUGAUAUACCGAGCUCCAUGCCAUACGAUGUGGUGAUACGUUAUCAGGCCACAGCGCGCCAAGAUUGGGAAAAGGCCUAUAUAACGCUGGUACGCAACGACGAGGUUGAUCCGGAUGGCGUUUGUGCAGAGAGCGUGCAUCCCGGCUCGAGCGUGUAUGAGACACGCAUACCGUUCACUUUGCCUGAACGCGAACGUCAAGUUGUCGCACUACGCAAUGUUUGCCUGGAGGCUAACAAGGUUUAUAAGUUCAAGAUACAUUUCGAACGCCGACGACAAAAUGAAGACAACCCCACAGCGACAAUUAUGAUCGAUUCACUGACGCUCAUACCACGCAUUGAAGUGACAUCAGUAUUCCAAGGCUCAAUACCUGCAGAGAUACGUCGUCGCGAAUAUAUACAAAGAGGCUGCAACCAGUCGCUGUACGACAUACGGUACACCAAUAUCGUGGACGAACGCUGCAAGGAACUCGAAAAUUAUGCCAGCACGGAGAUACAUGACGGCGCCAGCAUGUGUAAUUGUAAUCCAACGGGUGCGUUAAGUAAGGAAUGUGUGCCACAUGGCGGUUUCUGUCAGUGUAAACCAAAUGUGAUUGGACGUCAGUGUGAUCAGUGUGCACCGGGCACGUACGGUUUUGGACCGGAGGGUUGCAAAGCUUGUGACUGCAACAGCAUUGGAUCGAAAGACAACAAUUGUGACCUCAUCACUGGUCAGUGUGCCUGCCACCCGAAUACCUAUGGACGUGAGUGUGAUCAGUGCCAGCCAGGUUAUUGGAACUUCCCCAACUGUCAAGUGUGCGAGUGUAACGGACACGCGCAGCAAUGUGACGCGCACACUGGUCAGUGCAUCAACUGUUUGGACUUCACUAACGGUUACAGCUGUGAUGCUUGCUUAGAUGGCUACUAUGGCAACCCCUUGUUGGGCAGCGAAAUAGGCUGCCGCGCUUGUCGUUGCCCGGACACAGUUGUCAGCGGUAAUACGCAUGCCGACGGUUGUUCGCUCGACACACGCAACAAUAACAUGAUCUGUCACUGCAAGGAGGGCUAUGAUGGCGCGCGUUGUGAAGUCUGCGCUGACAAUUACUUCGGUGAUGCGGAGACACCAGGCGGCUCAUGCGAGAAAUGCGAUUGCAGCAACAAUAUCGAUCCUUACGACAUGGGAAAUUGUGAUCGUCGAACUGGCCAGUGCUUGAAGUGUCUUUACGACACCACUGGCGAUCAUUGUGAACUCUGUCGCAACGGUUACUUCGGUGACGCCCUACAACAGAAUUGCGUACAAUGUGAUUGCGACUUUUUGGGUACAAAUAAAACUGUCUCGUUUUGCGAUCGCUUCACCGGCCAGUGUCCUUGCUUGCCCAACGUGCAUGGCAUACGUUGUGAUGAGUGCGCGGUCAAUCACUGGAAGAUCGCUUCAGGCGAGGGCUGUGAGGCGUGCGAAUGUGAUCCGAUUGGCUCGUUAUCCGAACAGUGUAAUCAUUUUACCGGUCAAUGCGAGUGCCGUGAUGGAUUUGGUGGGCGUGCAUGUAAUCAGUGUCAGGCCAACUACUGGGGCAACCCGAACGAACGGUGUCAACCUUGUGAAUGUGACGAAUAUGGCUCGGCUGACUUCCAGUGCGAUCGUGAGACCGGGCAGUGUGUCUGCCACGAAGGAAUGGGCGGGUACAAGUGUAAUGAAUGCGCACGUGGUUACCAGGGUCGUUUCCCACAUUGUGCGCCUUGUGGCGAGUGUUUCAACAAUUGGGAUUUGAUUUUACAUGGCUUGGAAGAUGCCACUGCGGAGGCCAUACAACGUGCCAAAGAGAUCAAAUUGAUUGGUGCAACUGGCGCUUACACGGCGGAGUUCAGCACUUUGGACAAGAAAUUGCAAAAUAUUCGUGAUCUGCUGCAGAAUACCACAGUUAGCUUGCAAGACAUCGAUGCCUUGGACAAGGAGGGCGCAGAUUUGAAGGAGAAACUGCAGGCUUCGCAUACAAAAUUGUUGGAAACAGAAGAGAAUUUGGAAAACAUUUACUCAUCCUUGAGUCUGUCGACAGUAGAACUCGAGGCGCUGCGUAAUCAAUCCGAGCUGGUGAAAAAGCUUUCCAAAGAACUCAAAGAAAAUGGCAUACAAUUGCAGGAAUCCAACAUCGAGGGCGCGCUCAAUUUGACGCGCAAUGCAUUUGAACGCGUACUAGACCUGUCGGCAGUGAAAAAUGAAGCCGAAGACUACGCGGCCAAUACCGAUCGCAACUGCAAGCGUGUCGAAACACUGGCGAAUAAGAUGAAAGACGAACACGAUACAAUCACAGCCAAUGACGACAUCAUUACAGACUAUCGCGAAGAGCUCUUAACGCUCACCAGCAUGAUACCCGGUUUGAAUAAUGAGGUGUGUGACAAGAGCGGUGAUCCGUGCGACUCGCUAUGUGGUGGCGCCGGUUGUGGUUCUUGUGGUGGGCUAUCUUGUGAACAAGGCGCGCUGACACGCACCGAAAAAGCGCUCAAAGUCGCUAAAGACACCGAACAAAUAAUCAAGGACAAAAAGGAUGUUGCCGAUCAAACCAUACGCUCGCUCUUCCAAGCUAAGGUGAAUGCAUCCGAAGGUUAUCAGAAGGCAAAGAGCGCAUUCGAAGAUGCCGAACGUUAUCUCAACCGCACCAACGAAAACAUCAAGAAGGGUGAAGAUAUGAUUGAACAGUUGAACAGCUAUGUUAUCAACGACACCGCAUUGCCCACCGAGAGUCGCGACAUUGCACAGCAAACACUGAAGCUCGAUCUGAAAUUGGAUCCCGAAGAGAUACAGGUCUUGGGUGGUAAAAUCAACGAUGCCGUUUCUUCACUCAAAAAUGUCGAAUCCAUAAUCUACAACACACGUGGCGAUUUAGCGCGCGUAAACGAUCUACAAGCAAAGGCGAACCAAACCAAAGAGACCGCCAACGAAAUACUCGACAACGCCAAUACGGUGGUAAAGAAUCUCGACGACGCCGACGCUUCACAACUCAAGGCUAUCGACGCCAUCUCACAGGCGAAUGUGAAUAUCGAACUCGCCGCUAAGGAUCUGGAUCAAAUCGAUUUGGAGACUAGCGAAGCUGAAGCGCCUGCCAAUGCCACAGCACAGCAGGUGGAGGAUCUGGCCAAACAAGUAAGUCGCAUACAAAAGAAUAUACUCAAAAACGAAUUGGAUGCCAAGGAAAUCAAAAAAGAAGCGAUUGCGGUGAAGGAGGCGGCACUCAAGGGACGCGAAUAUUCCAAUCAACUGCAGUCGGCAACCAAUUUGGUCAAUCAAACGCUCACCGAUCGUGCACAUAACUCGGAGAGUGCACGCGAACGCGCCAAACAGUUGUUGCAACGCGCCUCUAAGCUGACCGUCGACACGAACGACAAGCUGAAUCAGCUGCAGAUGAUGCAGGACCUCUACUUGGAGAAGAAUAAUACGUUGCAAAAAUUACAAGACGCGCUGAAGCCUUUGAAUGACGAGCUCACCUUGUCGCUGCAGAAGAUACAGGAGCAUGCCGAUAGCUACCGACUGUGUACAGGCUAAGUUGGUUCGCGGCGUCUACAUUUCCCUCUUUUGUAACAAACAAUAGUUAGUUGGUAUAGGAAGAAAGUGGGAGAAGGAGAAAGUGAGAGAGGGAGAGAGAACGAGAGAGCAGCGUAUAUGUAUGCAGCAUGCCAGCUGUACAUGUGUGCGUGUGUGUUGCAUUAUUGCAUUUAUACUUAAACAAUAGCAAAUUGAUAACUGCAAUAAAACCAAAAUUUUGCGACUCGGCGAGUGUCCAAGCCAAAAACUAAAUAAAAAUAACAAAAAAAAAACAAAUUUUUCCAUUCAAGCUACGGCUCGACUUUUUCGCCUUCCAAAUACAAUUUCAUUAUUCUCUCCCAACUUUUUUCUACACUCUUAAAUUGUUUUUGUAAGCCAUAUUGAUGAACAAAAUCUUAAUUUUAGUCUAAAGAGAAAUUAAAAUAAAAUUAAAAAAGCAAAAAACAAGCAUAAUUGCAAACUAAUAAAUGUCUGUUGUAAGAAAAAUGUUAAAAAUAUUUUAUAUACAUACAUAUAAAAUAUAUAUUUUUUACUUUAUGUUAGUUUAUUUAAAAGCCAUCCUUAAAAAAAUAGUAAACAUGGUAUUUAAUUGCCAUUACCACAUACAUAUACAAACAAAUAUAAAAACAAACGAACAUAAAUAUGCUUAAAACCCAAUAAGAAGAAGUCGAAGAACGAUUAAUUGCAUACAUACAUACAUACAUAUGUCUCGAAAAUAUUAAUAAAUUAUGUGCCUUAAUAAUGUGUAAAACUAUUUUGAGAUUCAAAUCUCUACUAAAGAUUUUGUUGUAAUAACUAAGUGUAAUUUUCUUUUGUAUUAAUGUAUUUGAGCCAAUAAAAAAAGUUUA